AUGGAUAGUACUACAACCACUACAACCACUACGACCACUACAACCCCACCUAAAAAAAAUUUUGUCCCUAUCACAGAUCGAGUAUUUUCUCCAGAUUCAAACGAUUUGAGCAAUAGUGGCCGCCUUCCAUACUAUGUCAUCAAUGUCAUUGCCUACGUACCAGCUGAGGGCAACAUCGUUGAACCUUUCAUCAAACUUUUGGACUCGAAUCUCGAUCCUGAACAUCAUCAGCACCAACGAAUCAGAGUCUGUUUGCUCCUCAAUUGCCGUUCCGAUGAAGCUAAAGAUGGAAGAAUUGAAAAAGAAUUGGAAGCUUGGGAAAAAGUGAAGGACUCGUACAAGAGAUUGGGUGUCAGAAUUAUCAAGAAGCUAUGGGAAUCUACCAAAGAUAAAAAAGGAAAUUGGAUUGUACCAUACCAAACACUAAGAGAAACCCUCAAGAAUAGUAGCAUCACAAGAAAUUUUGUAAAUGAGUUUCAAGAACUUGGUGGUCCUGUUUACAUAUCUCUUAUAGAUAUAGACACCGUAGAUUUCAACGGUGUUUUUUCAGUCUAUGACAAAAUCAUCAAGGAAUCAACCACACUUCCUCAUGUCAUCUCAACAGGAUACGAGUUUCGAGGAGCACCUCAUGAAUUGGCAAGCAAGAUAGAUAGACUCUAUAAAAUCAUCACAGCCCUAUUCAUUCCUUUUGGAGUUUACUACCCCGAACCAAAUUUACUUAUUUUGGUGCCCAAGGGCGAGGAAACUAUCGAGUCUUUUGUAUCCCAUGAUACAAGUAAAAGAGCAAAGGGUGACGCCGAGUCCUCUAUCCUACUUUAUCAUAUUUUACAAACUAGAGGACUAAAAAAGAAAUUCGAAAGCAAUGGAGAUAUUGGAUUUAUUUUCUACGAUGGCAGUCCACUCAUAACAAAGUGCCCGCCAAGAGCUAUGCAAAUCAAAAAGAAGGAAUAUUACACUAAAAGGGAGGAUCUUGCCGCUUUGUUAAAUAUCACACAAUCUCAUGCAAAUGAACACAAUUGGUCAAAAUUUCUGUUUAUGAACUCGAAACCAACCGAAUGGAGAAAAGAUGGACAAAGUUUUAGACACUACGCAAAGUCAAUCACUAACAUGUUCAACUAUGUAUUGGGUAGCGACAAAUUUACAGAACCCAAGAUGAAAAUCUUGGUCGAAGAUUUCCAAGCAACUUUUGAUGAAGUAAUAUCGGACUCUAUUAUCAAUUGUCUCAACAAAAUGGCCGAAAUUAUAAAUAUAAUCUUUCCAUUUAUCCUCCAAAAGGAAUUCGAAGCUCAAAGCUACGAAACACUUCUCCAUACUUUUAACAAUAACAAGAAGGAAUACGAACUAGUCACUCAUCGUCUUGCUUGUGAUCCACCAAUCGAUAACACCAACGACAUCUCCUCUGGCAUGAAUCAAAUGAACAUCAAUGAAAAGGCCAACCCCGAUGUCUCUGAAGACAAACAACCCUCAUCUCAUCAUUAA